GCCAUCUUAGCGGCCCAGCGACGGGGAGAGGACGUGGAGACUUCCAAAAAAUGGGCCGCGGGGCAGAACAAGCAGCACGCCAUCACCAAGAACACGGCCAAGCUGGACCGCGAGACGGAGGAGCUACACCAUGACAGGGUGCCCCUGGAGGUGGGCAAGGUGAUCCAGCAGGGCCGGCAGAGCAAGGGGCUGACGCAGAAGGACCUGGCCACGAAAAUCAAUGAAAAGCCUCAAGUCAUUGCGGACUACGAGAGCGGACGGGCCAUCCCAAACAACCAGGUUCUGGGCAAAAUCGAGAGGGCCAUCGGCCUCAAGCUCCGAGGGAAGGACAUCGGGAAGCCCAUCGAGAAGGGGCCCCGGGCGAAGUGAGCACAGAGCCUCGAAGUCGGCGCAGCGGCCCAUCCUUGACGCAGCCCCGACGUGGGUCUCCCACGUGGCCAUGCAGCAUGGGCCUUAGGCCUGGGGGCCCUCCUCAACCCUCACCUGCUGUCAAACAAAAACAAAACUGCAA